UGUUGCUCCACCCAAUCCUCCUCCCGAAACCGCAUCGCAACAACCACUGCAGUAUCAGGCACGGGACUUUUGCACAUCCGGCGGCUCUUUGGUCAGAAAGGGGACGGUGACUGUCUCACAGCUCUGAGAAGCUGAAUGAGAUGAUUAGAUCAAGGUAAUCAAUCAAUCUCCGAUCAUCGGCGUUGUACCUGGGGUAUAGGAUGAGAGAGAUGAUGGUAUUUAAAUGGAAGCAGUCACUUGAGAACUUGAUGUCUUGCUCUGAACACAUCAGCAACUGCUCUCUCCAACGCUACAGUCUUCACUGUAACUUCGCACACUCGUUGACCACCCACACUCGUUCAAAAGCCCCCUCAGCAGCAAAAGACCCCAAGUGCUCCGAACUCUCUUCAUCAUGAAGACGUCCACCGUCGGCGCGUUGACCCUGGCAUUGGCCAUGGGCGCAUACGCUCAAAGUCUUCCAUCGGAUCUCCCAGCCCUGCCUACAUGUGCCGAAACCCCAUUCAUCAACGGCCUCACCGCGGACGGCUGCGAGACGACCGACCUCGCAUGCCACUGCAAGAGCACCUCUUUCUUCUCUGGCAUCGUGUCGGCGGUCACGGCUGCUUGCAGCGCUUCGGACGUUGAAACUUCCUGGACGAUCAUCGAGGAAGUCUGUGAUUCUGUCGGCGUUACUAUCCCUGUGACGCUCCCUGCUCCCGGCAGCGACAGUGGCAGUGAAAGUGGCAGUACUACGACUUCGCAGCCUGCCGAAACCGCUACCACGGCCACUCCCCAGCCUACCACGACGUCUGCUCCCGCCCAAGCCACGACCACUUCUGCGCCGGCUCCAGUCAGCACGACCUCUGCAGGCUCUGCUUCCGGUAAGAUCACCACGACCACCACUGCUCCUGCUGCCCAAGGUACUUCGGCCAAGACCACCACCACCGGCGUUGCCGUCUCCAGCGGCAACCCAUCCCAAGCGCCGGCUGGCUCGACCGUCGCGGUAUCUGCCAGUUCCACAUUGCCUACUAAGCCCGCGACCUACACAGGCAGUGCUUCCAAGAACGAUGGUGUGGGUAUGAGCGCGUUGAUGGGCGCUGUCGCCCUCGGCCUGGCGGCUGCCUUUUAGGCGACUGGAUGAGGAGAGACGGGAACAAGGGUUUGAUUGGGGGAUUCACCUAUCUCAUCCUCAGGUGGCCAACUGUUGAAAAAAAGGGGCGGACAAAGCCAAUGACCAGACCCUCAUGUUGGAAAGAGAUAUGGUGCCGAGAGUCGGCAAUUUCAUGUAUUCACUUCUUAUAUAAUACAUUUUUUAGUACCUCCCUGUCGAGGAUUUAUUCAGAAUGUCAAUAGUGAUCAUCCUGGUUGUUUGAAUGACAUGCCGUGGCCUUCUUAGACAA